UCCCACAGCGGGACGGGGCACCAGAUCGAGUGGGAGAUAGGCAGAAGUCGAGAGAGAAAUUGUAUCUGCAGUGACCUAAAGCCCCAGAGGCAGAACUGCUGGGCACCAUUUACCUUCAUAAGAGCCUGUGACCUGAAGGCUGAGCUCAAGGACGCUCCCUGCUAAGCCCCUUCUGGCUUCCCCUUGCUCUGCCUGCUGACCUCUGCUGGCCCCGAACGUCCCCUACAAUGGAGCGAUCCACACAAGAACUUUUCCUCAACUUCAUGAUUGUCGUCAUCACUGUGCUGCUCAUGUGGCUCCUGGUGAAGUCCUAUCAGGAGUAAAGGAUGGUCAGAAACUCUUGGAGCUGGUCUGGGUCUCUCUGGGCAGACACCAGUAACACCACUUCACAUCUCUGUUAUGAGCUUUUGGUCAAUUUGGGAUGCCGUGAUUUUUUUUUACUUUCUAGUCUCUGUUGCCUGUGUUCUUGUUUGUAAUGGGUCUGUGAUGGUGUAACUAUUUUAUUCUGCACUGAUCCAGCUGUAAAAUGCAAGAUCCUUAGGAAAUGUCCUAUGUGGCUCUGAGCGCUGUGCCCCCCUGCCCACACGCCAGUUUCUUUGGUGUCAGGGCAGGGUAUAACCCCUGCAGCAUGUAGUGGGUCUCUCUGCUAGCCAGCAUAAAAGGUACAGACUUGCUUAGCAGAAAGAAAUGUGAAACCCCUGCUUUCAUUUGAUCUUG